AUGGCCAGAUGGGGACUCCAGCGCCUCGUCCGUCCCCCCCUCACGUCUCUCUCCAGAAUUCGCAUCCAGAUUUCUCUCGUCCUCCUCCUCUUACCACAUCAGAUCCCCGCCACCAGGCAGCAGCAGCCUCGCUGAAUCUGGAGCGGCGGCAUCGUCGUCCAGGGAGUUGGAAACUGGGGAAGACCAGGAUCCACCGAGGCGGCGGCCGGCAUGGGGCUCGAUUUGGGAGCCCUUGCCCUCAGGUACACGGGGCUCUCGGUCUCGGACCAUGACUCCAUCGUCGCGAUCAACAUCUUCGUGGCGCUGCUCUGCGGCUGCAUUGUCUUCGGCCACCUGCUGGAAGGGAACCGCUGGGUCAAUGAAUCCACCACCGCGCUUCUCAUGGGGCUGCUCACUGGGUUCGUGAUCCUGCUUGUCACCAAUGGGGUCAAUUCGCGCAUUCUUGUCUUCAGCGAGGAUAUAUUUUUCAUCUACUUGCUGCCGCCCAUCAUAUUUAAUGCUGGGUUUCAAGUAAAGAAAAAGCAAUUCUUCCGCAACUUUAUGACAAUUAUUUUGUUCGGUGCGGUUGGGACAUUGAUAUCCUUUGUAAUAAUCACCCUCGGUGCUAUGGGAUUGUUCAGCAAACUUGAUGUUGGUCCACUCCAGCUUGGGGACUAUCUUGCGAUUGGGGCUAUCUUCUCAGCGACAGAUUCUGUUUGCACCUUACAGGUGCUUAACCAGGACGAAGCACCCCUACUUUAUAGUCUGGUUUUUGGUGAAGGUGUAGUUAAUGAUGCUACAUCUGUUGUGCUCUUCAAUGCAAUUCAAAACAUUGAUAUUAAUCAUUUUGACGCCCUUGUUCUGCUACAAUUCAUCGGGAAAUUCCUCUACCUGUUCUUCACCAGCACCAUUCUUGGAGUAGCUGCUGGGCUGCUUAGUGCCUACAUUAUUAAGAAACUUUGUUUUGCAAGACACUCAACUGACAGAGAAGUUGCUAUCAUGAUACUCAUGGCAUACCUUUCGUAUAUGCUGUCAAUGCUGCUGGAUUUGAGUGGCAUUCUCACCGUGUUCUUCUGUGGAAUAGUGAUGUCACAUUACACUUGGCAUAAUGUCACUGAAAGCUCUAGGGUUACUACCAAGCAUACUUUUGCAACUUUAUCAUUCAUUGCUGAAAUUUUUCUUUUUCUCUAUGUCGGGAUGGAUGCAUUGGACAUCGAGAAAUGGAAAUUAGCUAGUAGCAGUCCUAAGAAACCAAUUGCUUUAAGCGCUGUUAUAAUGGGUUUGGUUAUGGUUGGAAGAGCAGCAUUCGUAUUCCCUUUAUCGUUCCUAUCCAACCUAAGUAAAAAAGAGUCGCGUACAAAGAUUUCCUUCAAGCAACAGGUAAUUAUAUGGUGGGCUGGUCUCAUGAGAGGAGCAGUUUCAAUUGCACUUGCUUAUAACAAGUUUACAACAUCUGGUCAUACUGCAGUCCGAGUUAAUGCUAUCAUGAUCACAAGCACAGUCAUUGUUGUUCUGUUCAGCACAAUGGUUUUUGGUUUGCUGACUAAGCCUCUGAUCAAUCUCCUCAUCCCACCGAGGCCUGGCAUGGCAGCUGAUAUCUCAAGCCAGUCAUUCCUAGACCCACUUCUUGGAAGCUUGUUGGGCUCCGACUUCGAUGUUGGUCAGGUCCCCCCUCAAACCAACCUUCAGCUUCUUCUCACCAUGCCGACCCGUUCCGUUCAUCGUGUGUGGCGCAAAUUCGAUGAUAGUUUCAUGCGCCCGGUGUUUGGGGGACGAGGCUUCGUCCCAUUCGUGCCUGGUUCACCGGUUGAGCGGAGCGUCCAAGGGCCUAGCCUGGGCACCGUGACGGAGGCAGAAGAUCAUAGUUGAGUUGAUGCUCAGAUGGUACAAGUAUUUCCUGUAAAUGUUCAUAUACCACUCAAUUUUGUUCUUGGAAUUUGUUGGUGUAUUCUUGCUUUGGUUGCUGUUUCCUGUGCAGAUAGUUUCUAUAGAACUACUUAAGCCGGUGUAGUUUUCUGGGAGCCAUUCCAGAAUCCAGAUGUACAUGUCAUCUGUAAAUUUCAUUGUUGUUCAGAAAGAAUAAUCAGAUAUUGGAUGUUAGCAACUUAGCAUCCAUUUAUUAAGUUGAGAGUUUCAGAUGGAAAACUACAAUGUACUUUUGGACUGAGCAUUCUCACGAAGAAUGCCACUUAUAGUUGUCGGUGUACCAUUUUGGAGA